AUGCAAAGAGGUAAAUCUCCAUCAUCACAAACUGCUCAUACCAAUAGCAACACCACCACUAUCACAACAACUACAACUUCUCCACGGCCAGAACCUACAAUAGUCAAGAGAAGAAACUCAUCAUUUGCAAACACAUCGUCUCCCUGGUUUAGGCGAAACUCAUUCUUAUCACCGGCCAUGAUCCAAGAUGAGAACUUCAAUGUUUAUGAAUCGGGAACUUCUUUUUAUUCUGGUAUGAAUGGAUACGCUUCAAACUAUUCAAUAAUUUCAUUACGCGAAUGCCAGGGGUUCUUGUUCAACCAGGACUUGUUUGCUACUCCUUAUCAACAAGUACGAUCACAACAAGCUAAUGCCAAGAAGUAUAGGUCGAGCUCUUCACUGACCAGAAGGACUAGUGGUACUGGUACUGGUGGUGGGAGAAAGUGUCGUGAUGGAGAUUACGAGAGGAGACAUACUAGUUAUCAUCCACCACGGCCGCAAUUUGAUCGUUCUAAUGUGUCUGAUCAUGCUAUUGUUGAUGAUGAUGAAGAUGCUGAAGAUGAUGAAGACGAGGAGAUGCAUGAUGCUAAUGAGGAGUUUUCCUCUAGCGGAGGUAAACAUCAUGAGAAAGGGGUAGAAGAUAAAGACGGGGAUGAAGAUGGCGAAGAAGAGGAUGAAGAGGCGGAUGAAGAAGAAGAUGAUGAUGAAGGCGAAGACCAAGAGGAGGAUGAUGAUGAUGAUGAUGAUGAGGAUGAGGAUGAUUAUAGAGAGAUGCAUGAGUAUGGAGGCGAUUUUAAUAACAGACGAUUCAAGGUACGCGUAACAGAGAUUUUGGUUGAUGAAAAUGAAGAUCAUGAUAUAUUUCCAACCUCGGAAAUAUAA